ACUAUAAAUAAUAGUUUCCUUCAAUCUUCACCUAAUAAUAUCAUUAUCUCGUUACUCCAUAACUCAAUAUCUUCUUGUCAUUUUGUCUCUACCUACCUCUUAUCAAUCUUCAAAACCAUUACAAAUUCGUCAACGUUAGAACUAAUUUACGCAUCUAGGGUUUCUGAUUAUUAUUAUUCGAUCGGAGAUGGAAACAGCUACUGCUCUUCGAUCUUCUUUCAGUACUUGCGUUAGAUCAUCCAAUAGAACCGAUUAUGCUCGUUCCCGCAGUGGAUCUCUCGCGUUUGUUACUGUUUCCAAUAAGGGAUUUCUUUCGUUUUCUCAUCCCAGAGUAGGACUCAAAAGUGUAUCAUUUCAAAGUCAUAAGAAGAGAAGUGCAAUCAAAGCCUCAUCAUCUUCUGAUUCCGCGGGACCUACUGCCCCAAUCGCUCCGCUUCAACUCGAGUCACCAAUCGGGCAGUUUCUUACUCAGAUUUUGGUUAGCCACCCGCAUUUGGUACCAGCGGCCGUUGAUCAACAGCUCGAACAGCUUCAAACUGAUCGUGAUGCUCAGGAACAAAACGAAGAACCUUCCACUGAAACCACUGAUCUUGUCUUAUACAAGAGGAUAGCUGAGGUGAAAGCUAACGAAAGAAAGAAGGCUCUUGAGGAGAUUUUAUACGCUUUAGUGGUGCAAAAAUUCAUGGAUGCCAAUGUUUCUUUAGUUCCGUCUGUAACACCCUCACCUCCCACAUCGCCCGCACAGGACGACAAGCUGGAACUACUCCACUCCCCAGAAGCUCUAGAAAUGAUUCAAAAUCACUUGGCGCUAAUUCUCGGGAACCGUGCAGGUGACGCUUCAUCGAUUGCUGAGAUCAGCAAACUGAGAGUCGGCCAGGUGUACGCUGCUUCCGUGAUGUACGGUUACUUCCUCAAACGAGUUGACCAACGCUUCCAACUUGAGAAAAGCACAAAAGUCCUUCCAGAAGGUAUCGACAGGGCUGACAGUAAUAUUCAACAGCAAGCCUCGGGAGAUGAGCGGGUCCCAUCGAGUCACCCGGAAGUCACUUCUUGGGCAGAAGUCCCCAACACGGGCGGUUUUGGUCAGGCUUUGAAAUCGUCUCGGUUGAGAAACUAUGUGAUGUCAUUCGAUGCUGAAUCGCUUCAAAGGUACGCCACGAUUAGAUCAAAAGAAGCGGUUAGUAUUAUUGAGAAACACACGGAAGCGUUGUUUGGUAAACCCGAGAUUGUGAUUACGCCUGAAGGAACGGUUGAUUCCUCUAAAGAUGAAGUUAUUAAGAUCAGCUUUGGUGGGUUGAGGAGGCUUGUGUUGGAGGCUGUUACGUUUGGUUCGUUUCUGUGGGAUGUUGAGAGCUAUGUGGAUUCCAGGUACCAUUUUGUUGCAAAUUAGUUAAUAUUGUUUGUUAUCCAGUGGAUACGCAUAACUAAAACAAACUCUAUACCAAGUUACCAGUGGUUGUGACAUUAAUUAGAUUGUAUAUAAACUACCAUGUUUUCUUUUUCUUUUCUUGUCUUGUUAUACUGUUGCAUCAUACGGUUGAUUUGGGUUGGACCUUUUUUUUCUUUGUUUGUAUGCUGCUAUCCUUAUGAA